CUCCCCCGGCCGUGGUGCGGCUUCCUCUUGGAGAUCACUCUGGCCACAUUUUCUUCUAGAUUUCGAAGGAAAGACAACGAGAGGAGGCGAAGGUCACCCAGCUACAGUAGAACUGGAUGGCACUUGAUAGCAUCGAUGCAGCGAACUCUUAUUAUCAUCACGGCUCGAUAAACGAAAGAGCUAAAGAUGGGCUGCAAGCAUUCAAGACCUGCGUUGACGAAUGAUGACAACAAUUCCGAUCCAGGCGUGGAAGCAAGCGAGGAUCCACUGGAAUCGGGGAUCGAAGAUGGCCCCGAAACUGAAAGCGGAUUGUUUUCUCCAGUCCAACCUCCCGAAGCGACGCCACGAGAUUUGCGUAAGAUUCGAGAAGAAUUGUUUGCCAAGCACUCCUUGGUGGCCAUUGCUUCUUCGGCCACAGCCGAGACCUUGGGGACCAUGUGCAGCUCCGAAAGAUUCUUGUUGCAGUCACUGAGUGGCGAAGGAAGGGAUAACAUUCGCUUUCUCACGAUGAAUUCCAAAAGUGAAACCACUCUCUCCACUCAUACUAGUCUCCUUCCAUCGCACCAUUAUCCUGCUGCACUGUACGACGACUUGCAGAGGGCUAAGUUGUACGCUGGUAGAAGUGCGACGACGAAUCAUCAGCCACUCGUCACAGACCGAGUGCCAUGUGUUCGGUCAGCGCCUUCAGAGUCAGAAGAAAGUUCGUCUGUUGUCAGUGGAAUCAGUCAUCUCGACCUACAGAACGUUCCUCCUGAAGGAUACGAAGAACUAGAUUACUUGAUUGAUACCAUGGCAUUGUCUAUGGAGCCUCUCAGUGCUAACAGCGAAAGGAGUAGUUGUAUGCGAAAGAAGGCACCUCAGUCACUGGGGGCGUUGGUAGAUUCCUUAUCAUACCGGGAGGAAGACGAUGAAGAAGAUGAGGAGGAAGAAGACGACAACGAUGACGACUAUGUCAGCUGUGAUGAUGGCGGCGACACAGCCGACGCAGAAAUGGGAAUAUCCACAUAUGAAAUGACUGACACAAUGGCUAGUUCCCCCAAUAAAGAAGGAUCGGUAGGAUUCAGUAUGGAAUAUACUAAUCUGGACUCCAGGACAACAGAAAUGUCCAGGUCAGAAAGUGCGCGCAACUCGAUGUCUCUGCCGUCACUUGAAAAAUCAAUGUCUGCCGAGAUAUUGUCCAUAAUGAAAACACAGGCGUUGCUGAAGCGUAGUAGCAACGACAAGGCAUCUGUGAUGUUCAGUAUUUCCAAUGCGUCCACCAAAAAGAAGAUAGAAAUCAAGAAACCGCAAGGUGACGAAGAUACAAAGCAAUCAGAAGACUAUGAAAGGGGCUGCGGAACUACAACCCGACUCGUGUCAUGUGGCGAUGACGGUAGUGCCAAGCUCCUGAAAUACCAUCGUACCAAUUCUGUCAUGCCCAAACGCGGUGAUGCUGUGUCGGUUUGUUCCGAAUUGGGGAGGUAUUUCUAGAUGACAAGGAGACAGCGAAUUGGCAUACUAGGAAAUCCAAGAGAUGCAAUGCAGAAUGGGCAACUACGCAAAAAGACAUCUUUUAUAGAACGGGCGGGCGGGCAAUUUGUAUAGACUAUUCGUCGAGGAUCGUCGUCCAGAUAUUAUAAAACAACGUAAAAUGAUGUAGAAUUCAUACUUGCUCUAUUUUGAAUGGCUGCUGUGGGGCGGGUUUGGCAAGAGUCUAUUUUAAAAAAUAGUCUACGCUGUACCAGUACUUCAAAAUAGAUUAUCAA